CAUUGCAUUUCGCUUUCAGUCUUGUUCGAUCCAACAGCUUCUCCAAUGACCUCCCGCAUUCACAUCGGGCGUCCUGCAACGGCUACAUACAACGCGGACCCUCACGGGUUCUCUAAUCCCCGGCCGUCCUCAGGCUACAGGGCUGCCGACCCCGAUAGUCCAUUCGAAAGGGUCCGUGCCGUGGGCAAACAGGUCGAGGAUACCGUCGAAAUUUACUCCCAACCCCUGAAGCCCUACCUGCCCAACAUCGGUCGCUUCCUUAUUGUAGUGACUUUCUACGAGGACGCCCUGCGGAUUCUCACGCAAUGGCGCGACCAACUUUGGUACUUGCAAUCUCACAGACAUUUUUACUGGGGUUUCUCUCACUUGUUCCUGAUUCUGAACGUCGUUGUUAUGCUGGGAGCUUCCACGGCCGUCAUAUCGAAACGCUUCACCGAACAUGCUGUCUUGGGCCUUUUGGCCGUCGUCAUUGUCCAAGGAUUUGGUUAUGGUCUCAUUUUUGAUCUCAAUUUCUUCCUGCGUAGCUUGAGUGUGAUCGGGGGUUUGGUGAUGGUGUUUAGUGAAACAAUGGUGUCCAGACAAAAACACUUCGCUGGUCUUCCCAGUUUAAGUGAUACCGACCGCAAGAAAUACUUCCUCCUUGCCGGACGUGUGUUGCUCAUAUUCCUUUUCUUUGGGUACAUGGUUCGAGGUGAAUGGAGCAUUGGCCGUUUCGUUGCGUCAUUGUUUGGCCUCGCAGCAUGCACUAUGGUAGCAGUUGGGUUCAAGGCAAAGUGGUCCGCCACUUUCCUAGUCAUUGUUCUCAGUAUCUUCAACGUUUUCAUCAACAACUGGUGGAGCGUGCACAGCGCACACGCACAACGCGACUUCCUCAAAUACGACUUCUUCCAAACUUUGUCCAUUGUUGGAGGUCUCAUUCUACUCGUGAAUAUGGGACCAGGCGGAUUCUCUGUGGAUGAGAAGAAAAAAACUUACUGAUUCCCUCUUGCAUACCAUCUAUCUUGUGAUCUGCUUUCCCGCUCAGACGCGGAAGUAGUGUGAUGGAUUGUGAUCCCCGGCUAUAUACAGUGAUUCCAGUACCAUAUUCUCAUCACGGGUGGCUCAGGCAUUACCUCCCAUUUGUCUAGUUAUUUCCUUCGUGUUUUGUUCAGUAUCUAUAGACGAUUUCGCUAGUCAGGGGUUUCAUCCACGGGUCACGUGGCCAAAAAUUGUGGCAAGGGCA